GAGAACCACCUUCCCAGUGACACCAAGAGGGAGGGGAGAGAUCGCAAAUUUUCUGCUUGUCCAGUAACAACAAUGGCAGCUCCUCCGACGCCCACGCUGGUGCUGCUGCCGGAGUGGGGCGCCGGGCACCUCAUGUCCAUGCUCGAGUCCUGCAAGCGCCUCCUCCUCCGCGGCGGCCGCGCCUUCUCCAUCACGCUGCUCGUCAUGCGCCCGCCCACCGCGCAGGCCACCUCCCAGGUCGAGGAGCACGUCCGCCGCGAGGCCGCCUCCGGCCUCGACAUCCGCUUCCACCGCCUCCCCGCCGUCGACCCCCCGGCCGACGCCGCCGGGGUCGAGGACUUCAUCGCGCGCUACAUCCAGCUCCACGCGCCCCACGUCCGGGACGCCGUCGCCGGGAUGCCCUGCCCUGUCGCCGCGCUCGUGCUCGACCUCUUCGCCGCGCCCAUGGUCGACGUCGCCCGCGGGCUGGGCGUGCCCUCCUACGUCUUCAUGUCCUCCACCGGCGCCAUGCUCGCGCUCAUGCUCCACCUGCCCGUGCUCCACCGCGUGGUCACCGUGGGGUUCGACGAGCUGGACGGGGAGCUGCACGUGCCCGGGCUGCCGCCGGUACCGCCGGAGUGCUUGCCGUGCCCCGUGGUGGACAAGAAGAGCCCCAACUACACGUGGUUCCUGCGCCUCGGCGGCAGCUUCAUGGACGCCACGGGGAUCAUCGCCAACACCGCGGACGGGCUCGAGCCGGGGCCCCUCGCGGCCGUCGCCGACGGCCGCGCCGUGCCAGGGCGCCCCGCGCCGCCGGUGUACCCCGUCGGCCCCGUGCUCUCGCUCGGCAGCAGCGCCAGCAAGAAGGAUUCCUCCUCGGAGCCACCGCACCAGUGCGUCGCCUGGCUGGACGCGCAGCCGCCGGCGUCGGUGGCGUUCCUCUGCUUCGGGAGCAUGGGCUGGUUCGAGCCGGCGCAGGUGGUGGAGAUCACCGCCGCGCUGGAGCGGUGCGGCCACCGCUUCCUGUGGGUUCUGCGUGGCCCCCCUUCCUCCAAGUCCGGCGCCGGCGCGCCGGACGGGUCGGAGCACCCGACGGACGCGAGCCUGGAGGAGCUGCUCCCGGAGGGGUUCCUGCGGCGGACGGAGGGCAAGGGCCUGGUGUGGCCGACGUGGGCGCCGCAGAAGGAGAUCCUGGCGCACCCGGCCGUGGGGGGGUUCGUGACGCACGGCGGGUGGAACUCGGUGCUGGAGAGCCUGUGGCACGGCAUACCCAUGGCGCCGUGGCCGCUGUACGCGGAGCAGCACCUGAACGCGUUCGAGCUCGUCGCCGACAUGGGCGUCGCCGUGCCGCUGAAGGUGGACCGGAAGCGGGACAACUUCGUGGAGGCGGCGGAGCUGGAGCGGGCGGUGAGGUGCCUGAUGGGCGAGGAGGGGCGGAAGGCCAGGGAGAAGGCCGCCGAGAUGAGAGACGUCUGCCGCAAGGCCGUGGAGAAGGGCGGCUCCUCCGACGCUGCGCUGCAGAGGCUCUCGGAGGCGCUCCACGAUGGCGCGGUGCCCCCGACCAUAUGAAUCGAUCCUUAUAAUGGAGUAUAUAUUUCUCUCCUACAGAAAAUGAUAAAAUAAAAUCGAAGUGUGUGUGGUAGAAACACCAGAGCAGAACAUCUUUGAUGCAGUUCAAGGCUGGCGUUUUGAUGUGCUCCAGAUAGAGUGAAGAUCUGGAAAGUCAGUCUAUGCGCGCCGAGAACCAGUGAUGGAGAAGCUCCUUUUGGUCAUUUGCUAUUUUGUCUGCUUUUGCUCAUAAGUUUGUAUUGGCUAGCUUGUGGUUGUGUAUCUUGCUUUCACCCAUUUUUGUGGUUUGGUAGUUCGUUCCUAUGUUAAUAUAAGCAGCGUCUUUUUUUUUCUUU